AUGUCACGCGAACAAAAUAUCGCAGGCCGUCGCUUUUUCUCACCCUCGUCUCAGCCAGAGCACUUAGGACUAUCCAUCGACAUGACACAACGUCUCCCUGAUGAGAUGUUGUCAAUGGUCUUCAUUCUUGGUCUUCCGGAUUGCGAUGACGACUUGACACCAAUAAAUUUGACAACAAUGCCUCUUAUACUGACCUGUGUUUGUCGAAGGUGGCGUCAGGUGGCAUUCUCGACUCCAGCUCUCUGGUCCCAUCUCUUCCUACCUCAACCUCCUCAGAAUGCGCAACUCCUUGACUCCUUCUUUGCGACAGUCGAAAGCUGGUUCUCGUUGACUCGCUCCCCGUCGCUGCACAUUCGUCUUGAUCUUAGUGGCGAGAAGCGAUCGGACGUGGCGUCACGUUAUAUGCAUCUCCUAUCUACGUUUUCGAGUCGUUGGAAGAUCAUCAAUAUCGACUGCAGAACCUUUGCGCACGAAGCAGAUUACCCAACUCUCAAUCAUGGGUCAGUUUCACAGUUGGCGGCGUUCCAGUUCAUGACGAACUCCUACGACAACGGGCAUCAGGGUUGCCACUGGAAUAUCGCCAAUCUCAAUGACGUGCUUUCUUCCGCACCAAACCUGGAUUCUCUCAUCCUGACCCAUCCAAAUAUUGAUCAACUCUCUGUGCGCUGGUCGAAUAUGGUCUAUCUGUCUCUCGAAAUUCCGCAUGACUCCGCCACGCCAUUCGACUUACUACGAUUCGUCAACGCGAUAGGAUGCUGCGUCAACCUCUCUACUCUAGAGCUUGAAUUUGUCGGCGACUUCUCCAAUAUUUCGAUCGCUACAACCGGAUGGGGACCACGUAUACUUGGGGAGCUAACUCACUUUACACUCGUCGGCACAUGCCCUUACAUCCUGAUGUUUCUUCCCGUGUUGAAGGCGCCCAGCCUGACAUCGUUCAAUCUCGACACUAUAUGGGGAACAUUCCGCGCUGGCGUAUCAUUCCUCGAUACAUUAUGUCUGGCAUCUUCUUGCUUCCUCCGUUAUCACAAAAAUACUCUCUGGAUUCUUGCUCUGAGGUCCAUAAACUUUCUUGUCGAUGAAGGCCAACUCAUGCAGAACCUCCAAAUUUGUGACGACCUUCGUUCCCUCACGAUAGUGGACAGUCGCAAUGUCGUAGGCCCGACCACGCUACAGUCCCUCACAUACCGCUUCGUCAAUCCUGAUCCCAACGACGCGACCUCCACCUUCCGACUCGAACACGGUUGCUCUCACCCAUUCCUCGAGGAUAUUGGUCUCUAUCAUGAUGACUUGGCUCGCGACGCCAGUCGUGGAGAGGCGUACACGGAUGAUAUGUACAGCGGGCUGGCUAACAUGGUGGAGUCGCGCUGGUGGUGUCCGGAGGGUGCAAUGACGAGUUGCGAUGUGGAGAAUGGUUUGAUGCCUCGGCCGGUGGCGAAGCUGAAGGUUUUAAGGUUGCACCAGGACGACGAGGACUGGAUGAUGGACAGGAGGCCUGACGAUUGGACGAGGAUUCUGAGGUGUUGCGACGAGGGACUGAAGCUAGAAAUAGAGGAUGUAUGA